UAUGUCUAUGCUGGGUCCUCUCUCCGCCAUUUCUCCAUCUCCAGGUUCCUGGGGUGACCUGAGCGAUGCCGGACAUUGACAAGGACGUGUACCCGGAGCCCCCCAGCCGCACCCCGGCCCCGGACAAACUGAGCGGCCUCCCCAACCCCGCACUCAUCCUCGGGAAACUAUUCCACUAUGCCGUGGAUGUACCGGUCACCUCCUUCCAUGACUGGAUUGAUCAUCAGCGCUCGAAGAACAAGUAUUAUUACUACCAUAGACAGUAUCGCCGUGUGCCUGACCUGACGGAAUGCCAAGUUGGGGACUAUUUAUGUUUUUUUGAGGCAGAGAUGCAGUGGAAGAGAGAUCACAAAGUUGAUCAAGAGAUUUUGAAGAUCCUUCAGGAAAGAAUGAGAGCUUGCCAGCAGAGGGAAGGUCACAGCUUUAUCCAGAACUGUGCCAACGAGGUGGCUCAGUUUACAGAAGCAGCCAAAGGUUACCAGUCCAGAUAUCAAGACCUUGGCGCUUACGGCAGUGCUAGAAAAUGUCUGAUGAAGCAGAAGCACAGGAUGAUCGCAGAAAGGAAAGCGUCGGCGGCAGAGAAAGAGUCCGAAUUCUCCUAAACUGAGCCAAGCAGACUGUCUGACAAAAAGUUCCUGUACAUUUUCACUUCAUGUUUUUUGUCUUUCAGAAUGCAUGUGGAAACUGUAAACCUCAACAAUAAAUAUUAUACAUUGAAUCAUUAUUUAAAA